UUGAAGGCUGAACCUCAGAACGCCAUGGACUCUACAGUUCUGUUUUGGAUCGUUUAGCUAAAACCAGAGUGUUGAUUUUCUUAUUUGCGAUUUCCUCACGCCAUUGGGCGCAGUAUUGACCACACCGUAUUGCCCAAGCUUUAUGGGGAGAUAUGUCUCAUAGGACAUGCCGAACGACAAUCAUUAAUAGUGAGAUUAUUUCACCUUUGAUGCAAAUCGUGUUAGGAAAUUUCCUCUACUGGGAAUUCUUAUGAAUAUCAUGGAUUGGUCAACUAGAACGAGCGAUGGUGGCUCCCCCGCCGCACGGAGCGACGUGUAUGAUAGCUCUACGCUGCCGUAUCUAUCCCUGUAUAGUAGCAGCAGCAUUAAGUUUCAGGACAGUCAGAGUAUAAGUUUGGCUUCGUAUGUAAACAUGGGUAAUUUCAGCGCGAAAAAAACUUUCCUAGCGUCCUACGAUACCGUGGACGAUAACAUCACAAACUCAUCCUUUGAUGCUGAUGCAUUUCAACUAAAAAAGAACAACUCUGUGAUGAGUGCUGGCAUUAUGUUCGGUACGGGUGUUAUAGGUAAUCUAUUGGCCAUUUUUGUGUUACUACGGUCAGGACCGGAACAAAGGAGAACCAUAUUCUACAGACUCGUCGCUGGACUCACAAUCACAGACCUCAUAGGAACCACGCUAGUCUCUCCAGUCGUCAUAACGGUUUAUUUAAACGAUUUCAAAUGGAAGGGAGGACAGAUGAUGUGUAGUUAUUUUGGAUAUUCUAUGGCAUUCGCUGCUUACGCUACCAUGACGAUUGUGUGCGCAAUGUCCAUAGAAAGGGUCAUCUGUAUCAAGCAUCCAUUUUUGUAUCAAAGUCGUUUGUCAAAGAAACACGCCACAAUUUUUUUGUCGUGUUGUUGGAUAUUCGCAGCGACCAUAGCAGCCCUUCCCCUGGUCGGGUUCGGCGAGUUUGUCCUGCACUACCCGUAUACGUGGUGUUUCUUUGACUAUUAUACCCCAAUGCCCAUCCAUAAGGGGUUCAACUGUCUGUUCGCGGGCCUGGCACUCCUCAUCAUAUCUACGACUUUUAUGUGUAAUAUGACCGUCAUGUAUACAUUACUUAGCAGCUGGAGAAAGAAAAAGAUAUUAAAUGGAAAUUCUAGGAAGUACAAUGGAUACAAUAAAAGGUUUGCCGAGUUGCAGAUGCUGGUUCUUCUGGUAGGAAUUACGGCAGUGUUCAGCACCUGUUAUACACCGCUAAUGGUAAGUACUGAGUAAAAACAACUUUUAUUACCUUAUACCUCUUACGGUAAGUAAAAAUGUAUCAGACAAGCGAGGGAACAUUUAGCUUCCCGCUAAUUUCU